GGCAACAAGGGGUUGGUGACAUUCACAUUUGUGAAUCUCGUUGUUUCUCAACACGACAUCAAGAAUGCCUGGCAGCGAGGAAAUCUAUCAAAAUAUGCCAUCCAAAGCUUCAAAGGUGAAAAUCCCUCAAGAACAGUGGCAGCCAGAUCAUGGGAAACACCACAGAAAUGACCAACAUUCAACAAGUAAUUAUUUGGAGUCACAAGGCAGGAACCACGGGUGUACCCACACUAAUAUGCUGCUGCUCUCUCUCUGUGUUUUGCUGCUGUGUGGAAUCAUUGUUCUGGGUGUGCUCUAUGCCAUCCAAGAGAAGACCCUCCAACAACAAAACAACCCAGGGUCGCUUACAGGUCAGUGCUUUGAUGGCUGGGAGUCCUUUAAUGGCAGUUGUUAUUAUUUCUCUCAUGAUGCGUUGAACUGGACUGCAAGUAGAGAUGAAUGCCGCUCAGUAGGUGGGCAUCUGGUGAUCAUAGACAGGAAAGAAACACAGAUCUACUUCACGCAGAAAAUAAACAAAUCAGAGAAUUACUUCUGGAUCGGUUUGACAGAUUCUGAGAAAGAGGGCCAGUGGAAGUGGGUGGACAACACUGAUCUCAAACUCAAGUUCUGGCAUAAAGGCCAACCAAACAACUCAAAAGGGUUUGGCAACCAUACCACUGGAGAGGACUGUGGCAUAGUGAGACACGUGACACGCAGUGAACACAACUGGUUUGAUGAGUAUUGUGGUUCACUUAAUAACAGAAUAUGUGAAGUCUAAUCCAAGUCAGUAACAUGGGAAGUCUUCAUUCAGGUUGAAGCUUUGCUCUCAGUGAAAUUUAUACAAAGCAGUAUUUCAAGGGUCUAAAACUUUCUUCAAUUAAUUUAAAUGUUGAUAUCAUCAUUGUAGUUUCUGUCAGUUUACACUGACAGAAAAGUAGGAACCUUUUUCCUGAUGGGAUGUGGUAAAUUAAUUAAUAAUGCUCAAGGUACUGUGUAUGCCCACUGUUUUUAUUACUUUCUUCAGUGUUGCACAGACACAUCACAGGGUGGACAGGACCUUUGUUGUUAUGUUGUUAUUUAGUUUGUUUAUUUUGUUACAGCAGGUGAUACAGAGAUUCAUAGUUAAGGUAUCAUGUUAAGAUAGGAAUUCACAGGUGUUAUGCAAAAGGACAUUAAUCAUUGCUCAAUGUGUAUCUGUUCAGGAGAAAAUUAGCCAACUCUGAAAUCUUUCUGGGCUCUUAGCUGUCUCCAUCUACAAACUGUCUGGUCAUGCAGCUUUUUAGGAUGCUGAGGCUUCUUUGGUCAGGUAGAAUCAAACAUUAUCUCUGUUUGCCCCGUUCGUUUGCUUACUUCCAUGGUGGUCACUGUGUUCGCGUACUUAUCUGGCAACCACAGGUGGGGAAAUGGUACUGGAAAAAUGGGCGGUGGACGGAUCACACAGACCAAAACACAAACAGGUGUUCCGCUCUGGAACAGACAUUUUGAAAGGAGAAUAUACUGACUGUAGCAUUGUUGUCGGAGAAGCUUAGUUUCCUUAAUCUCUGACGACACAUCAUGUUCAUUUAGUACAGUAAAUGUAUUACAUACUGGUCCUUUAAGUCUUCAAUAUUCUGUUCAUGUCAUGUAAAUAAACCACUAUGUUACUGACCAUGACUCUAUAAUAUCUCUGUUUUAUUGCAUAACUAAAACUUUAUCUAAUCUUUUCUUAAAUCUCCUAAAUCAAUACUCUGUCACAACACAUUCUUUCAGUCUCCUACUCAUUCUUCAAAUCUAAAGGUUCUAUAUGCCCCAUCUCAGUGUUUUAUUAUAUUCAUUAUUUUAUUCUGACUUCUUAUCCUUUCUUUUUUUAACAAUUGUAGUUCUUUCUCCUUUGAUAUGUUUUUAUUUUUAUUUUUUUUAUUUUCACAUUCUCACAUUUCAGUAUGGGAUGUUCUUUUUAGCUUUUCCUUCUAAAGGUGCAGUAUGGUAGCCUGGAUACCAGACCGAACUUAGCCCCGCCCACAACAUUUGAAGUCGGGAAGUUCGGUCUGGUGUCGCUCCGUUGGGGAGAAAUUAUCUACGGACAGAAAUUGCCGGACCAAUCAAA